CACUUCCGCUUAGAACGACAGGUCUUCGCACUUGCCGCGCUCGAAGUUUCACCUGGCAGUAAAAAGACUCGUGACCUUUUGCGAUGCUUUGAAAAGAAAGCCAUUAUGGACGACUACGAGGUGGUGCGUCCGAUCGGAGAGGGUGCAUUCGGGAAGGCCUUCUUGGUGCGAACCAAGACCGCCCACGACGGUGAUGAUGCGCCGUGUGUGGUCAAAAUGAUCAACCUCACAAAGAUGUCAAGCAGGGAGAAGGAAGCUGCCAGGAAAGAGGUGGCGCUCUUGUCCAACAUGGAACAUCCCAACAUUGUCACCUUCAUCCGCUCCUUCCACGAAAAGGGCAGCCUGUGCAUCGUUAUGGAGUACUGCGAUGGAGGCGAUCUGAUGAUGAAGAUCAAUAUGCAGAGAGGGGUCUUCUUCACUGAGCCGCAGGUCCUGGCCUGGUUUGUUCAGAUCUGCUUGGGCCUCAAACACAUCCACGACAAGAAGAUCCUGCACAGAGAUAUUAAGAGUCAGAACAUUUUCCUGAGUGAGCGAGGUGUCAAAGUCAAGCUGGGCGACUUUGGCAUCGCAAGGAUGUUGACUCACACUUUGGAGCUGGCCAGGACCUGUGUAGGUACCCCUCACUACCUCUCUCCAGAGAUCUGCGAGAGUCGGCCCUACAACAACAAAACGGACAUCUGGUCUCUGGGUUGCGUCCUCUAUGAACUCUGCACUCUGAGACAUCCAUUUGAGGGCAACAGCCUGAGUCAGCUGGUCAGUAAAAUCUGCAGAGGGCGCUUCAACCCUGUGCCCGCUCGUUACUCCUAUGAUGUUCGCCUGCUCAUCGCGCAACUCUUCAAGGUGAACCCUCGCGAUCGUCCUUCCGUCAGCUCCAUCCUCCAGCGUCCUUUCCUGAACAAACACGCUCUGGAGAAUCACAAUAACACACCGACUCGUCACAUCUGUAAAGUAGCACCAGACAAGAAGAAGAAGUGCAAAGUGGCAGUGAAGAAACUUCCUAUCAAGCCCGAGUGGAGAGUGUGCAGCCCCGCUUACUACACGCCCCACAGAGCAGGACACCUUCCUCAGCCUGCGGCAGGAGACGCCACGUGGGACCACCCCCAAAAGAUUGGACAGUACCGGCAAUACUUUGCCCAGCUGGAUGCCUUCCACGGGGGGGACGUCUGUCCUCCACCUCCUCCUCCACCACCACCUCUUCAUCCUCCUCUUCCUCCCUGUGAGCCGUGUGAAGACGACGUCGCUCCUCCAGUUGAGCCUUACCAGCUGGUGGCAGCAGCACGUGAAGAGUACCUCCAGAGGAGACAGGAGGCCAGCCAGUACAAGCUGAGGGCAGAGAAACAGCUGGGUCUGCGUCCCAGUACGGCGGAGGGCUGCCGGCCGGCCGGCGGAUGUCAGCCACGUGAACCCCAGCACGUACCUCCUGGCAGAAAGCAGGACGACCAACUGGAAUACUUGAGGCAGCUGGAGCUGAUCAGACAACAAUAUCGUCAGGAUAUGAAACAGAUGAGGAUGAGAGCUGAGGCAGAGCCGCCACACGAACCCGACACGUUUGUGCUCGACAAAGAAGCACAACCUUCGACGACACAACCCAAAAAACACCAACAAGGUCAAACCAUGCAGGACAUGGAAGCGGCUUUGAGAAAGAUCAGGGAAGAGAACCGAAAACAGAGGAGAGAACUCAAGAAGAAACACAAGAACCAGAAGGGAAUCAUGUUUGAGAUCCGUCUCGACGACGUGAAGGACUCCUCGGAGGAGGAUGACGAGGAGGAGGCGCAGGAGGGGAGACUGGAAGUGGACCGUCGGACGGUCCACAUUCGGGAAAGCCAGGAUAAAAAGCUGGAUGAUUGGGCCAAGCCGAGGAGGGGAUGGAGCCAGGGACCACCGCAGACGCUGAUGGAGGCUCUGGUCCACAUGGACGUGGACUCCGGUGCGACGCUGAAAGUUCAGCCAGGUGAGGAGAAGGAGGAGGAGGAAGUAGGUCGUCGGCAGUGGGUCUCUGGACCGCCCAAGUCCUUAUUGGACGCCAUGGCCCAGGCCAAGCUCACCUCCUCUACUGUGGACUCGCAGAGUGCAGAUCCUGAAAGGAAGGACCAGGAUGAAGACUCGGACGUGGAGAUGGAUCAGGAGCGCUUGGAGCCCAGGUCGGAUGACGACGACACGAACUUUGAGGAAUCGGACGAUGAACUGAGGGAGGCGGUGUCAGACUCCAUGAGGAACUUAUUUGUCACCGAGGACGUCGCCGAGGACGAUGCCAACACGGAGAUGGAAAAUCCUGAAGGAGCAGUGGCACCGGAAGGCAGCGACCCGGGAGAAUCCUCAGCAUGAGAUCCCCCACACACUCGCCGAGUAUUCCUCUCACUCACAUCUUUAUUCCAAGAGCAAGCAGUAUUGCAUUUCCGUAAACCAUAGGACCAUCCGAGGGUGGUCUCCUCACUGCCAUUAAAAUCCUCUCAGUUCAUACAGAGCUUACAGGUGUGUAUUAUUUAUUUUCUGGUUAUUUGGUUGGGGUUUUUUUUUUUGCAUCGGCGCCCUCUGCUGUUGGUGUCCUGAAAGUUGGGGGACGUCGACGAAAAGUGAAUUGCAACCUGAGAAGACUUGGAGCAAAAAUUU